AAGUUUUUGCUCAAUAUGUCUGCCGAGCUUGCAGAGACCAGUAAAGAAAUGGAAAAGGAAGAUGCUGGAGCUGUACAGUGUGGGACUGGGGAGGGCGAGGCAGUGGUGCUCAAUGAGAGGAGCGAACAGUGUUCUGCGUUUGCUUCCAUCGCUGGCUGUGAUGAGGCAGUUGCGCAAUGUUUCCUAGCUGAGAAUGACUGGGAUAUGGAAAGGGCGAUUAAUUCUUUCUUUGAGCCUGGGGUGGAGUCAGCCUUGCAAAACAAAGCUGCAGCUGAUAUAGCAGAUCCUUUAAAGCAAGAGACUAUGUCUGGAACUGCUUCCGAUUCAUGUAUUGACCUCACUGGCGAUGACUUAGUGGUUACCAAAUCAGAAGCAACUACCAGCAAUUCCUCCACUGUGAAGCAAGAAGAUGAGAGCCAUUUUUCCUUUCUGACUUGGAAUAUAGAUGGCCUUGAUGAAUCAAAUGUCGCAGAAAGGGCUCGUGGUGUGUGUUCCUAUUUGGCCCUGUACAGUCCAGAUGUAGUAUUCUUACAGGAGGUUAUUCCACCAUACUAUGAGUACCUGAAGAAGAGAGCUGUCAGCUACACAAUUAUUACAGGUAAUGAGGAUGAAUACUUCACUGCUAUGAUGCUGAAAAAGAGCAGGGUAAAGUUAAUAAGCCAAGAAAUUGUACCAUACCCAUCCACGGUGAUGAUGAGAAAUUUGCUUGUAGCAAAUGUGAAUAUCUCUGGCAACAGUAUAUGCUUAAUGACUUCUCAUCUAGAGAGCACAAAAGAUCAUUCAAAGGAGCGAUUAAAGCAGCUGGACAUUGUGCUAAAAAAGAUGAUGGAUGCUCCCCCUUUAGCAACUGUAAUAUUUGGAGGGGAUACAAACCUGCGAGAUCAGGAGGUUGCUAAAAUUGGAGGCAUGCCAAAUAAUAUAUUGGAUGUUUGGGACUUCUUGGGUAAGCCUGAGCACUGUCGCUAUACCUGGGACACAAAAGUGAACAAGAACCUGCGUGCUCCCUACAUUUGCAGGUUGCGCUUUGACCGCAUAUUUUUUAGAGCUUCGCAGGAGGGAAGUCAAGUGAUCCCCCAGUCUCUUUAUCUUGCUGGCACUGAAAAGCUGGACUGUGGCAGAUUUCCAAGUGAUCACUGGGGUUUGCUGUGUGACUUUGCUAUUAUAUUAUGAUUGUAAGAUAAUGCGCAAGUUAAUCUUUAAUAUAUUUUGUUUUAAUAAAACAUAUCUGUAUAUUUUA